AUGGAUGCGUCCACUAUAAUCACGAUUGGCGUUAUAAUCGGCAUCGUUUCGUCGGCCACACAAUCGCUAGGUCUCACUCUACAGCGAAAAGCCAGCGUCAACCAUGGUUCUCAACCUACGUCCGCUCAAGAACACACAUCCAGCCAGCCGUCUCUCUAUCGCAAUCGGACCUGGCAGUUGGGGCUUGCCCUUUUCCUGCUAUCAAACAUCGUGGGAAGCACUGUACAGAUAGCAACUUUGCCAUUAAUCGUUUUGGCUCCCUUGCAAAGCUGUGGACUUCUGUUUAACUCCAUCGCGGCUCAUUACAUGCUCAAAGAGCGUUCCUCUUGGCGUACCCCACUCGCCACGCUUCUGAUUGUCAUAGGUGGAAUGACUAUAGGGGUAGUGGGCGUUACGUCCACGAAUUCGCAUUCCAUAACCCAUUCGCUCCCCCAACUGUCCCAAUUGGCCUAUGGACCAAUGUUUCUAAGGUGGUUCAUCACCACCAAUGUCUCGGUUUUACUUGUGCUGGCGCUUACCUGGUCCUAUUCCCAUCGAAUCCCUACUUUUGCCAAAGGUGUCAUAUAUGGUUGUUGCAGCGGUACCUGGUCCGCUCAUUCACUUCUUAUGGCCAAGUCUGUCUCAGACAUUGUCACGCAUGCUCUCUUACACACCAGUACAGAUCUGGCAACUGCCAAGUUUUGGAUUCUCGUUUGCAUUUUCGUCAGCCUAUCGCUCACUCAGCUUUUUUUGCUCAACACUGGACUGCGACACCUAUCCACUUCUAUCCUGUAUCCAUUGGUGUUUUGUAUUUACAACUUAAUCAACAUCUUCAAUGGCAUUGUGUUUUUCCACGACGACCAAGAGGCUCCGCUCCCACAAAUCCUCGCUGUUAUUCUCCCAGGCGCGACCAGUUUGAUUUGUGGCGUUAUAUUUCUUUCAAGGGACCAAUACAUGCUUGCCAAGCGUGAUGAACUGACGAAUUCUCAGGAACCCUCUCGCCGUACCAACAUGCUCUCUUAUACCAGCUUGCGGCCCAAAAGUGUGGACCUCUCUGUGCUGCAAGCAACAUCCUUUUCUCAAGACGAAUCUGAUCCGUUCUAUGUGUCCCUACCGCAGCGUCCUAAGCGAGACACAUACAGUUCGAUGAGCUCCUCCAAACGUAACUCUAGUAGAAGAGUACUUUCCUAUGAGCAAGAGGGCAUUCUCACACAAAUGGUAUAA